AUGGCUAAUUCAACACUUCCUCAUUUUUGUUUUCUCUUGCUUUUACUUCUUCUUCCUCUCCUUCCCGUUGUUUUCACCUACACCAAAGAUGACUGUAAUAUAUUGCUGGACUCACCUUUAAUUGCACAGCAAGGAACUGGUCCAUGGAAGUCGCGUUCAGGUGAAUUUGCCUUUGGAUUUCGUCCUAUUCAAAGCAAUAAGACUCUGAACCAAUUCUUGUUUGCAGUUUGGUUUGAUAAAAUAAAAGACAAAACCAUAGUUUGGUCUGCAAAUGGUAACAAUCCAGCACCACAAGGUUCUGCACUGAAGCUAUCUAGCAACAAAGAGUUUGUUCUCAAUGACCCUCUAGGCAAAGAGUUAUGGAAGCCUCAAAGGAAUGGAUCAAAAUCCAGUUGCUUUCUCAUGCUAGAUAAUGGGAACUUGGUGAUUUUAGAUGAGCAAUAUAAUCCAAUGUGGGAGAGCUUCAAAGAGCCUACUGAUACAAUUUUGCCAGGCCAAACACUGUACAGGAAUACCACACUCAGGUCUCGCCAAUCUGACAAAUUAUUCUAA